CGGGCCGGAAUUGCACACAGCGGUCCUUUCUAUGCCGCAAGUGGGUAUAGCGUGGGUGUCUGCAAUGCUUGGCGCUACGUCAAAUGUGUAUGGCAGAAGUCUUUUCUAGUGGUUGGUGCGCAUUGAACUGUGUUAAGAAAUGAACUCAUAAAAACGGACUCUCGACAAAAGCAAAAAACAUUCACUCUCGUGAACCCGCUGCAUUCGCUUCAACUCUCUCGUCACCAGUUCACUCGGUAGACCUUCGGCAAGAUCUCGAUUGAACGAGAACUGGAUACCACAAGCAACUCACGAUCCAUCACUGCCGUCUGAGAUACACUUGAGGGCGAGUCAACGCGCUUGCGAGGGACAGAGUAACUUCAAGGAUACAUUUUGAAAUCUGCUCGGUUUUCUUGGCGGACUAGGAUGCCUGGUGUAGGGGCAAAAACCCCGCGGCCUCUGCGCACGUGGCUGCUCUUUGGUGUGAUCUGCUGGGCGUUUGCGUCCUCGUCCCGGGCGGAGAUAAUCUCUGAUGACGCGGAAACGAGAGAAGAGGAGUUGAACAAACUUGCUUUGGAAGAGCUGCGAGAAGACCUUGUUGACGAGUUACUUGAAGACCUGGUCGACAGAGCUCAAAGGAUGCUUAGAGGGCCACCAAACAGCAACCUAAUCAAUUUGGUGUCUGGCUGGCACUCCAGCGGCCGUCAGAAGAAGGGUCUCUUCGGAGCACAGCAGCUGACCCAUGUGAAGAGCGGCUUUCACAAGAAGAACAUAGACGACGACGGUUUGUUGGGCGCGUACGCCGAGGACAAGCGGGGCCGCUCCGUCUUCGGCAGCCGGCUCACCAACCUCAACAGCGGCUUCCACAAACGGGGCGGUGAAGACAAGCGUGAGGGAGAGGAGUUCAAAAGAGGGCGCACUUCGUUCAGUCACCAACUGACCAACCUGGCUAGUGGCUUUACAAAGAAAAGUGACGAGUCGGAUCUGUUUCAGGAAGACAAGAGAGGGCGCACUGGUUUCUCAGGAGCCAGCCGUCUGACCAAUCUCAACAGUGGAUUCUCGAAAAGGAACGAUAGACAAGAAGAGGUCAAGAGGGGGCGUGCUUCGUUCAGCAGCGGACUGACGAACCUCGCCAGCGGCUUCACAAAGCGGGAUGACGAGAAAACGAGCCUUUUCGACGAAGACAAAAGAGGGCGUUCCGCGUUUUCUGGUGCCAGUCGACUGACCAACAUCGGCAGUGGCUUCAAGCGGGGCGGCGACGAGGGGCCUUGGGAGGAAGGUCCGGAGAAGAGGGGGCGCUCUGCCUUCUCGGGUGCCAGUCGACUGACGCACAUCGGAAGCGGCUUCAAACGAAGCGACGACGAAGGGCGCUGGGAGGAGAGCAAGGACAAGAGAGGGCGCACAGCAUUUUCGGCGGCACGAUCCUUGACCAACUUGGACAGUGGCUUUAAGCGAGACGGGAAUUUCAAUACUGGGCCGAUGGUCCACAUUCCUAGUGGGUUUGUAGAGAAAAGAUCAGUCGAAACGCCCAGCAAAGAGUCAUUGUAGUCAGUGUGCUAUUAUAAAGCAGUAGGAAGUGAUCUGACGAACUCGCUAAGUGACCAGAACAAUAACCUUGACAUCACUUUUCUUUCCCUUUACAUUUUAAAGGGGUUUAAUGCAUGAAAUAAGAUUACUACCAAUUCGGGACAGAUCGGAUCUUAUUAUAUCUAAGCUUUCGUCACCGCUUGCCUGUCAGUGUUGUCCUGGUUGGCCUUAUAUUUUCAUGCUUCUAAAGUAAGAUAUUAAUGUAAGCGUUCAUUUAAUCAGACGGUGCGUGUUUAAACAAUUGAAAUGAGAGCAAACAUGGUAGCGUCUUUGUGCAUUUGCCAGAGAUGCCCUUGUUUCAUGUACAUGUAUUCCCAGCCCCAACCUACUAAUCUGGACGCACCUGAAUUUUUAGUGAUAAGACUUGGAAUAGCAUUUUUAGUUUAGAAUAUUGAAAGUACCAAAGACAGCAGCUUUCUGAAUGGUCGGUUUUGUGUAAAUUCUGUUUAUAAACAUCCAGUUAUGUGGAGCUGUACUAUUAGAAUUCCCACCGGAGCUUACAUGGAACAAAACCCAAUGAAAAACAAUAUUAUGAUCUGUUUUAAUAGGUGCUCUUUUCAAGACGUCCGGUUUGGCUCGAAGUGUCCCUGUGGAGAACAGGAGUUUUACCGUGAACGGAUCAAAACUAGUGUGGGAACUUCAUUCAUUAUUAAGGCAAUGGGUCUUUGGGAGCAAUGUUUGUGCAAAGCACGCAGGCAGAGAGUGCACUGCGGAAGACAUUGGGGGUAACCGACUAAAGGGCCAUUGGCACAAGAUAACCUCAAGUCGGCUAGGACUCCACAAUGUGCCACUGCAUGUCGGAUCCAUUUCUUGGAGUCGAUACAUUUUUCGCAGUACGACUAAGCACUAUGAAGUUCCGACUCUCUAGUUGUAAAUCUUAGAAGGCAAUGUAUGACAGUGUUAAAUCUAUGACUUCAUUCUAAGCAGUUUUACGGAUGUUCAGGGGGUGUAAUCCCGGAGGAUGGGAGUAUAUAUCCUUACGCGUUUUGACCAGGGAGACAGGCUUUGGAAUCAUCCUCCACUUUUUCGUGGUACAAAAAACAAAACAAAACAGAAGAAGAAUUAACGCGGAUUUUCAGGAAUUUGUGGACCUUCCAGCGACCGAAAUGUGUGCAUUAACACUGGCAAGGGGAAAACACUAAAAGAUAAACACGCUGUUUUGAUGUAAGGUUCACGGGUGUAACUAAACACAUUAAUUGGGUUACUGCGCACUGUUAGAGGACGAGGGACAGUGUGCGCACGAACAAGUUAAAAAGUUCGAAGUUUAGUUGUUACAAAUAUCACAGUCACGUAUACACUCUUAUACAAACCGUCUGUUUCUGAACAGUUCCUCUAAACGAAACCUUUACAUUAAAAAAUCCCAAUCUAAUUUUAAAGUUUAUCAUUAAAAUGACACGAUGCGUCGUCAAUGUUAUUCCGUAUACAAGAUAAUGUUAUUUUGUGCGAAUGUAAUUAUGUUCUACAUCUUACUUUUAAAGGCGUUGUUAUUCAAAUAAUGAAUGCCACAAUGAAAUAAACAAAAAGAGAGGUGAGAUGGAA